AUGGCAUACAGUGACUCUCGAGAAAUUCUGGACGCAGAUCGUGGAAUGGAGGAUGUGAGCUUGGCAGCUGGCAGGAGCCAGCGGGAGAAAAAGAGAUCAUACAAAGAUCUUUUACGUGAGGAAGAAGAGAUUGCUGAACAAGUCCGGAAAUCUUCUAAAAAGAGAUCCAAGGAAACAGAAUUUGCGCUUUUGCCAACAGAAUCUCAUAAGAAGAAAAAGAAGCAUUCCUCUGAUGACACAUAUUUCCCAGAUUUGUCUUCUUCAGACAUGAAAAAGAAGAAAAAACAUUCUCAUCCCAGCUCCUCUCCAUCCUCCGAUACAGCUAUGGAUCUGCUCAACUCCAUUUCCUCCCCUGUAGUUUCUUCAAGCAAACACUCUUCCAAAAAAGCUGAAAAGAUACUGGCGUCCCCUGUUGGGUUUCAGUCUCCAGUCCAAGUAACCCGAAAAGAAAAUCGUAAAAAGGGUGGAGAAGACACUCCUGAGGAUCUCUCCCACAAAUCAAAAAAGCCCAAGCCUUUAACUUUACGUGAGCCUGAAGGUUUAAAGAUGAAACUUAUUCUUUCUCCCAAAGAAAAGACUAGUGAACGACCACUCCAAACACAGGAAAGUUCAGUAUGUAGUGACAGAAGUUCUUCCAAAAAGAGCAGCAAGAAAUCUAGAGAUGAAACUGAGAAAAGUAGUCACAAGAAACACAAAAAAGAAAGUCACACACCACGGCACGGUGGCACUCCAGAUACGGCUUCUUCUUCUGGAGGGGAAAUUGAGGGUGGAGAACUUGUAAUUGACGAUUCCAUUCGGGAAAUGAAGAAGAAAAAGAAAUCAAAAAAGAGUAAAAAGAAAAAGGAUAAGCACAAAGAGGACAAACAUAGGAAACACAGCAAGAGCAAGAGGGAGCAUGGAUUAGAAAGCCCAAAACCUGUGGCAUCUUCUGUGCUCCCCUCAUCACCAAAUUCUACACCUGCAACAUCCUCUCCUCCACCAUUACCAAGUCCACCAGCCACGGGGAACAACAGACAAGAAAAAGAAGAAAGAAGAGUCAGAAAAGAUAUGUGUAAUCAGCCCAAGAAGAAAAAUAUGUCUGCGUAUCAAGUGUUCUCUAAAGAGUAUCGAGGCAGCAUUAUAGCAGAACAUCCAGGAAUUGACUUUGGAGAACUUAGUAAGAAGUUGGCUGAAGUGUGGAAACAACUGCCAGAGAAGGAUAAACUUGUCUGGAAACAGAAGGCUCAGUAUCUUCAGCACAAGCAAAACAAAGCAGAGGCGACUACUGUCAAACGAAAGUCUAGCCCAACAGAGUCCACUUCAAAGAGCAAAGCUUCUUCCUCAGGCCUCUCCUCACCCCAUAAGAAGUCCUCAAGUAGCAGUCUGUCUUUCUCUUCUUCACCUGCCAAAGUCCCUGAUACAGAGCCAAUCGAUGUGGCAGCCCAUCUACAGCUGUUAGGAGAGUCCUUGAGCCUGAUUGGACAUAGACUACAAGAAACUGAGGGCAUGGUUGCUGUAUCUGGUAGUCUCUCUGUUCUUCUGGACUCUGUGCUCUGUGCCCUGGGUCCCUUGGUCUGCCUUACAAGCCACAUUCCACAGCUGAAUGCAUGUCCCAAACAUGUUUUGGUAAGUGCAUGAGAAAUUAU